AUGCCAUCCACUCCCCCGUCCGGAUCAAGUCAAAGAUCAGUAGAAUCAACCGAGCAGGGGCGGGCAGCUGUCGCCACUCCUCUCAGUCAUCAACAUCGUUUUGGUUACCAGCGCGAUGUACAUCACCAAAGUCCCAGUAAUUUCAGUGCCGCUCCAGCUACCUCGCCGUCAACAUCUUUCGGGAUUGAACUCAAUUCUCUAGUAUUAUCUUCCCCAGCAUCAUCGUCAUCACGUCCCGUCCCUCACACUCUUCCGACCCUGUCUCACUUCAAUGGGUAUUACCAUGGACUGCCUGCCAGGCCUCAACUGAUUGCUCGAAGCGACCCGUCAAUCUGGGCUCACCCAACCUCCCCAAUCGACUCAGGAUUCGCAGAUACCAAGACGAUACUCCCGGUCGAUCCUGCUCACCCUAUCUGUAAGAUUUGGGAUACUGCACUCGGCUCCAAACUGCUCGAAAUAAUUGACUCUCAUACAGACUUCGCUAAUUCCGUCGACAUCGCACGGAUAUGCUUUGACUCAGAAAAGGAUACCGCUGGUCCUAUCAUCUGGAUUGGAAUACAGCCCGGGAAAAUGAGUAUAGAGGCUGGACAAGCUUUGGUACAAGAUUGCGUUUAUCUUCUAAACAAAGAAUCGCUCAAAGAUGUAGCAGUUGAAGUGAAAGAAUCAGAUAUCGUUCUUCUAUCAGCUCCUCGACUUUACGAUCCACCCACGAUCAAGCCGGCAAUCCAGCCGUUCGCAACUCGCUUGUCGAUCUCGUCAGGCAUACCGAUCUGUACCUCUGCCGGCAAUUUUUACAGGGGCACGGGAUCCUUCCUCUUGGGCGAAGUGGGUCAUCCCCAAGAUAUCUUUCUAUCUACUGCUGCGCAUGUUGUCAACAGGACAAACAACGUUAACGGAUGGAAUUCAAGUCUGCCGCUCCCAAAGCAUCGCCGUCCUCGAGGCGAUCAUGUCUGUAUACCUGAUAGAACAAUUACCAAUCUUCUAGAAGAGACAGAGGAAAGAAUUAGCGAUUUGGGUUUGGAGAUUGAGGGCAAGAAGGUGGAAAUGAAGUUCAAAGAUAAAGAUGGCAAGAAACUUGCUCGUAUUCUCUUGCGGAAGACACAGGAUGAAUUAGCAGAAGUUCAGGCCUUCCGAAGCAGGCUGGCCAGUGGCUGGCAAGAGAACAAGGUGAUCGGCAAACUAUACAUCUUCCCCAAAAUUGCGUUUGCAGUCGAGCCUGGAUCUUGGACCGAGGAUUGGGCCUUGAUCAAGCUGGAUUCUCAACGUAUUUCACAUUCGGUGCAGAAUUGGCUGGAUUUAUCCCUGCAAACAGAUUUCAUCGCUGCUCGAAAAUCACCCCUCGAUAUACAGCCAAGAUUGGGCAUCCUCCAGGCAGGCCUUUUGCGACUGAAGGGUGUCAUAUCGCAAACGGAAAUGGAACAGCCAAUAGCAGUCUUGAUGCGGGGGGCUAGCAGUGGUUUGAAAACUGGUUACUCCAUGCCAGUGGCCUCCAUGAUAAAAAACAACAGCAACACUGACGGCUUGACCUCAAAGCCAUACCGCGAAGAUGACAGUGUACUUAAUGAUGGGGACAAGAGGUCUUGGAGUCGUGAAUGGUGCAUUACCGCCUAUCCAGACGAGCCACCUUUCAGCGUUAAGGGAGAUUCCGGUGGUGGGGUCGUUGCCAGGGAUGGAAGAAUCGGUGGAGUAAUGACCGGUGGUUGUAAAGGGGCGUGGGGUGCCAAUCCUACUGGGGUAGACAUGACAUACGUCACCCCGAUGUUCUUCAUACUAGAACGAAUGAAGCUGCAGGGAUUGGUUCCUACGCUGCUAUGA